UCCGGUCCGUGGAUUUCACAUGGGUCCACCAGUGAAAGAUUUCUUUACAAAAUACAUUUGAAUGGUUAAUGCGAACUACAGUUAUUUAAAAGCAGUCUCCAGUCCCUUCCUCCAACCACUGCCCUGGGAUUGGGAAUAAUCUGGGAUGCAGGAAGCCACCAACAGCGCAGAGGGAAGUGCGCCUCGAACCGAACGGGUUGUCUGUUCUAACGGUGGCUCUAAACCCGCAACACCGGGGUUGUCCGGCCAUGGCGCCGGGGACUAAGGCGGACACCGCUGUCUGCGGGCUCGGCGCUGCGCUGGGCAGCCCGGUGCGAGUUGGCUGAACCCACAUCAUCCCUGUCCGUGCGUGGAGAGCGCCGCACUCGGCGGAUUUCCGACCGUAGCCUGUGCGCCUACAACCAGUCUCUCUCGCCUCUCUCGUUCUGUCACUGUCUCACCUCUCUCUAUUUGCCGUUUUUUUUAACUCCUGAAUUUUCUUGCCUCUCUUGGUCAGGACCAUGUCGCUGAAGCUGCAGACCAGUAACAUCACCAACAAGAACGAUCCCCGGUCCAUCAACUCGAGGGUCUUCAUUGGGAAUCUCAACACAGCGGUGGUGAAGAAAUCUGACGUGGAGACCAUCUUUGGACAGUACGGCAAGGUGGUGGGCUGCUCUGUUCACAAGGGUUAUGCCUUCGUGCAGUACACAAACGAGAGGACGGCACGCGUGGCGGUGGCAGGGGAGAAUCGGCGGGUCCUCGCCGGACAGACGCUCGAUAUUAACAUGGCCGGUGAACCCAAACCCAAUAGACCCAAGGGACUGAAGCGCCCCAGUUCUACUCUGUACAGCACCAGCUAUGACUUUGCUUACGAUUACUUCAGGGAUGAUUUCUACGAAAGGAUGCACGAGUACUCGAGUCGGCCCUCGCUGGUUCCCAGGGCCGUUCCGUUGAAGCGGCCCCGCGUGAUCGUCCCCGUGCUGCGCCGGGGGAAGUCUGGGAUCCCCCUGAAGCUAAUGUCACGUUCCACAAGCGGGGCGAAGAACAAUACAAAGUUAAAACCAGUAAAAUCCAAUGAGCUGCAACGGAUUAAACUCGAGCUGAUGCAGAUUAAAUCCAACAUUGAUUCUCUUCUUGGGCGGCUGGAGGAGAUUGCAAAGGAGAAAGUGGGUCAUACAGAGAUGAGGAAGAAGGCCGAGGACAGCAGGACUGAGUUGUCUCAUGGAGAUUCUGCUUCAGAAACUGCCGAAACUCUCACAGAGGAGCAGUUUGAGGUGGAUGAGAGAGAAGCUACUGACCUGGAACAAGGUGACACGGCUGGAGACAACGACUGCGACGAUGAAUUGGACGCUAAUCACAGAGUAGAUGGAGAAGCAACGUUAGAAUAAAAGAAUCCAAACCAGUGGUUCCCAGCAGGCACCAUGUAAUGGUGAGAACGCUUGAAACUGACUGAGGACUGCAAGGUUAAUUAACUCGAUGGCCGCCCUGGGCCACCGCUCGUUCAGCUGAGCCAGACCAGGAGGACAUCUAUAAAGCACUGGGCAUUCCUGCGUCGCUGUAGAGAUGGCUUUAAAAACUGUGUGCGCCUCAGGAACAACUGCAGAGAACACCACAAACACAGAGCAAACUGUUGGCCAGUUGCCAUGACAAAUCUCUGGGAUCCAUGACCGAUGUUAGAUUGAUCAUUCAUUAAUUUAAUUCCUUUGACAUGUACAAGUGCAGUUGUCAUCAAUCUCCAUCAGUCUUGUUAAUAUUACAAACCCAAAUGAUAUGUUCAGAGUGAAAUAAAGCAGCCUUUCAACUACUUACCUUUUUGUCAGAGUCAGGCUAGGCUGGCUGUAGAAAACUCCUGUCCUUGUGUAUUUGGGCAACUAGGAGUGUGAAGCCAGCUGCCAGCAGAUAUAUGGAGCUCUAUGGUCCAGGUGAAGGUCGACGGGUCGAGGUGCAGUAAUGUUUCAGCAUGGACAAGAUGAGCCGUAGGGCUUGUUUCGGUAUUGUAGUGCUCUACGACUUUAAGAACUGUAGGCUUGUGAGUUGGAAUAGCAAAAGGUCUAAGAACCAUGUUGCCGACUGGGUUAAGCAGCAUAUCUUUAUGAGGAUAGGUUGAGUUUUCUGUCUGGAGUGAAGGAGGAUGAGAGGUGACUAGAUAGAGGUGUACUGAGGUGAUGAGGUAUAGAUCAAGGGGACAGCCAGAGAGACCUUUCACAGGGCAGAAAUGGAUAAAACCAGGGGGCAUAAUUUUAAGGUGGUUGGAGGGAAGUAUAGGGGGAGUAUUAGGGAUAGAUUUAUUUAUU